GUGGUUAUCUCUUUUCUGCAAAGACAUAUUACGUUUUGUUUCCUAUCUGUUACGUUGUGUGGUUUUUUUUUUGGUAAUUAUGAUGAGACUACAUCAAGAGGGAGGACGGACUCAGGACACGGAUGGAUUCAGAUCUUCAGUGUAAAGCCCUGUAUGGGUGCACUUUGCAUCUCCAUUUUCCACGCACUGUGAGAUAUAAAAGGGAUCCUGGAUGGACCUGGGUGAUAACAGCUGGUCCAUGGUCAAACGCGAAGUGUCCAGCAGCAGCCCAGGGUCUCCGGCUGAGCAGACCUACCUGAACACUGACCGGAGGGACCGGCUGAGAUCACCGACGCCGACGCACCUGGACGCGGUGGGAACUCGUCGCGCCGAGGGCAGGCCCCUACACUCCUACGUUCACUUUGGGCAUCCCAACAACGCCCUGCCCAAUUCUGACGACGUUACACUCUUCACGGAUUUAGACCAGGGCAACAAACUCAUCAUCUCAGGUGGACACACCAGGGAGACGCAUAAGGGAGGCCUAAUUGUGGACCCUACCGACAUGUAUCAGACCUUGGCCAUCGCCGCGGCCCAGAGUCAGGCCGGUUAUAACGACUCGCCAUCGGCCAGCUACAUGCACUCCAACCCCAAUUCUCCCGUUUAUGUGCCGACGUCUCGCGUUGGAACGAUGAUACCCAGUUUGUCCUACCUACAACCCAACGUGUCAUCCCAGCCGAGCCAUGCGGUGAGCAGUCAUUCGGUCUGGUCACAGUCCGCACCAGAGAGCCCGUCCUACAGCACUGGAAGCCCACAUACCUCCAACCGUUUCCACUACUCCCCUAGUCCGCCUAUGAAUAACGGCACAUCGAGGGAUACCAACUACACUAAUACUCUGAAUGUAAACGGUCGAGACCAGUACCUUUCACGGCCAAUAAGUGGAUCUUACACAAGCCCAUAUCCUCCUUAUGUUGCACCACAGCUAUCACAGUUACCGGCGGCGUGGCCAGCGGGGCCCUUCGAGAACUCCAUGCUGCAUUCCCUGCAGUCAAGAAGCGCACCACUGUCCAUCAGGGGACCAAAUGGAGAUUUGCUGGAGGACAUGGUGGACAGCCGUGAGUGCGUCAACUGCGGCUCCAUUUCCACCCCGCUGUGGAGACGCGACGGCACGGGUCACUUUCUCUGUAACGCCUGCGGUCUGUACAGCAAAAUGAAUGGACUCAGCCGACCAUUAAUUAAACCUCAGAAGCGUAUGUCGUCUUCAAGGCGGAUCGGCCUGUCAUGUGCAAACUGCCAGACGAGCACUACGACACUGUGGCGCAGAAACGCAGACGGCGAGCCCGUGUGCAACGCGUGUGGACUUUACACAAAGUUACAUGGGGUGCCAAGGCCCCUUGCCAUGAAGAAAGAAGGUAUUCAGACAAGGAAAAGAAAACCAAAAUCCUUGAACAAAACAAAGGGAUCAUCUGGAAGUAGUUCUGUUCCCAUGACUCCAACUUCUUCAUCAUCUUCUAAUUCGGAGGAGUGCACAAAGAACAGUCCUUCAUCAACGCAGGUGCCUGUAACAUCAGUCAACUCUUCAACGCUGGUGGGCCAAGUUGAUGUUCCGGGCACGACAGGCUCCAUGGUGAAGUACCCCGGCCAGGAGAGUCUGUACACGAAUGUAGGCCUGACGUCCACAGCUGACGUGGCAAACUCCGUGAGAGGGGACACUUGGUGCCCCAUGGCCUUGGCCUAAACCCUGGCAUUAUGGGAUGGGAGCCAUUUGCUGUCCUUCAGCUCACUAGAACAUCGCUUUGGCGUUGUACUUAAAAUCUGGCAGGGUGUGGGGGUUGUCAUCUGUUUUUGGUCUGUGUUAGUGAUCUUGAGCAGAGGCCUUAUCUGUUCCAAAUACUCCAGUUUUUGAUUCACCCGUGGAAUACCGGACAUCCAUGAUGGAGAUUAUCUAUGCUACUCUGCACUAGAGGACAACACUUGAGAGAGUCUGCUUUAACAUGCCUUUGGUACUUUCAGAGCACACCCUGCACCACGAAUGUUGCUUGGAGGAGUAAGUGGAUCAAAAAUUAUUUUUUAAAAGUAGAUUUGUACAUAUUAAUGCUAACGGAUACUUCGCCCAUCUGGAAAGACGAGGUUGUUAAUUGGAUUGUGGUGAUCUGAAGAGAGAGAGAGAGAGAAAAAAGGUUGAUCUUUCUGAAACUGGAAUUCUGGAAUUGAAGAUAAAGUGUCAAGGUGUUCUUAUUGACAAAUGCAAACAUAUUUAUGAAGCUACAGUUGUUCAAAUAAUGCAUAUAUUUGUCAAUAAAGAUAAUGUCAAAUAGAGUAGGACUGAAGCCUUGCCCUUCCUUUUAAAUCUUUUGUUUCAAGCAUGAUGCCGUUGCAGUGGAUGUUGCUCACUAAUCUGCACACUUCUAUGUGAAUUUUAAAAGAAAAUGAGAAAAAAAAAGCUCUUAUAAGAUUGAACUGAUUUGUGAUGGUUUAACACAGGGUAUCAAAGAUCGCAGGAUCUCGCAUGACACUUGUUUUGUUCGAUUAUCAAAUUAAAAUGGUCUAAUCAAACAAAUUCAUAGUGAAGAAAAUUGUUUUUGUGUAAACUCAUUUGGAAGUGUGAACCUACAUGGAGAAAUCUGAACGUAGAUCAUCAGCAAAGCAUAAACAAUACAUAAAAUGACCAUUAAAUAUCUCUGUUAGAACAAACGGCACUCAGGAAUUUUUUUCUGAUGCAUUUUUUGUUACAACACUAAACUGCAAAAAAAAAUAGUUGAUUUUGGAUGUAAGACUACCUAAUGACAUUGAUGUGAAAAUAUCAAUGCCCAUUUCUGUGUUUUUUUUUUUUUUUUUUUACUUUCAGUGUGAUACACCUCUGUGAUCACUAGCUGAAGGAGGGACAAUUCAAUCUGAAUCUUGCUUUCACAAUUUAUUGAAUGUUUUAGAGAGAGUAACGUGUGCCAGAAUCAACCAGUAGUGAACGUUUCUUGUGAGUUGCCGUUUAAAGCACAAGCAUAAUGUGCAAUGGCAGUAAUUGACGUGUUUAUUUCACUCAUGAAAGAGUUCAGUCUCAAGUGGUUUGGUGUCCAUGAUUUACGCCCUCUGAUCUGUUAAACAGUUACCCAACUAUAAGUUUCCCAUGUAAACAUCUUAUGGCUUUGAAAUCGGGGAUUGAAGGGGCACCAGAAGAGCUUUUCUUCACACGAUUUCUCUUCACAGCAGCAGAGUGAUUCCAUGACAGUGACAUUUUUUUGGACAAGCUUUUUGUGUCAUAGAGAUGCUGUGUGAACAACACAAGAAACAUUUUGCUAUUAUUGUGAUUCGCCACCUUUAUAACCUCUAGAAUUAUUUAUUUCUGCAAUGUAGUGUGUUUGUUAGAGGUGUUUGUUUAUUUUAUUUUAAUUAACAUAUUUGUAUUUUAUGGUUGUAUUUUUUUUUUGCCAUCAUUUCAAUUUCAAACCAUUCUGAUUUAUCUCAUCUGGGUUAAACAGAUGUAUUGUUUUGGUUUUGUCUUGAAAAUGUUCAAAGCAUUGUGACAAAAUUGUGUUUUCUCUAGAUUUUGAGGUUCAAACCGUCCAUUUGUUAUGGAAGGAUCUUCACAUGAACCACUGGAACCACAUUAUUUGUAAUUAUGAUAAAUUUAAUCAAAAUGAUUUUCCUUUUUUAUUGUCAUCACCAGUCAUAAAGCAAAUUUUAUAGUAAAAAUGUUCUUAAACCAUUGACUCCAUACUGUUUUCCAGUGUACAGAGUAUAUUGAGAAGGAUGUCAUUGUUAAUUUCUAAGAUUAGUUCAUUAACACUGGAACAAUAAAUAAGAGUCAUGACUAAA